AUCAUCAGCCUCAGCUCCCAGCCUCAGACUUCAAUCAACCAAAUUCAACGACGAUUUGUCAUUCCUGUAAACAAGAAUCGACAGUGCCCGACUUUGGCAACAGUACUAAAGUUCGCUUGAGCCUCGUAACAACCACCUCGAACUCGAACUAUCACUACCCCUUUUUCUGUCCAUGCGCUUCUCUCGACUCUCCUCCUGGUUCAACGUUCUACAGGCGGCCUCUCACCUCGCCAGGGCCCGUGCAUACCAACACCCUCCCCGCUUCACGUCGUCAAUCCAACCGCCGCCGCUCAGGGCUUCCAUGCCGUCAAUUCCCUUCCUAGGUAGCUUUUUCAGUUCCACGCCCUCGUCCAGCAACAUGGCUUUCCCGGAUAAGAGGUCCGACGAGGAAUGGAGGGCCGUCUUGUCUCCAGAGCAAUUCCGCAUCCUCCGGGAGAAGGGGACGGAGCGGCCGGGCACCGGGGCUUACGACAAGCACCACCCGGACAAGGGCGUCUACGCCUGCGCCGGCUGCAGCGCCCCGCUCUACAAGGCCGACCACAAGUUCAAGUCGGGCUGCGGCUGGCCCGCUUAUUUCGACAGCCUCCCGGGCGCCGUGACCCGCCACGAGGACCGCUCGCUCGGCAUGACGCGCACCGAGAUCGUCUGCUCCAACUGCGGCGGCCACCUCGGUCACGUCUUCAAGGGCGAGGGCUACUCCACCCCGACCGACGAAAGGCACUGCGUCAACAGCGUCAGUCUCAAGUUCUCCGAGGAUGACGCGCCUGUCGGCCAGCCAGACGAGGCUGCCGCAGGGGCGAGCAAGGUCUGAGCGGCACAGAAUUUGUUCACUUUAUCUCUAUCCAGCUGCCUGUAACUUUCUCAAGACCUGAAAAUUGCUCAACUCUGUUUUCGCUACUCUUAUUUCUGUGUUUCUGUAUUUUCCGUAAUUCAUCUUGCUCUCAAAAUACACGUUACGCUUUCUGUCUCCUUCCAUCGUGCGUCAUCCCUUCCCUUCCAUCUCGUGACGCCCAACCAAAACACCGCAGCAACA